AUGCCGCCGUCCAAAGCGAAGUCCUCCGCGUCGUCUGGGACGCGCAAGAAACACGCUCGGCGCGCCGCCACUGCUCACGGAGCGCCAGAGGAACCUCUGGAGCACAAGGACAAGCGACCGAAGGGCAAAGACAAGAAGAACAAGAAGGAGCCGCGGAAGAAGGUCUACAUCCCGCCCGUAAAACCCGCCCCAGUGCAGCCCAACCCGCUCGAUACCCUCGGUCUUGCGCAGAAGCUCCCGCCAGAGCUCUUGGUCGUGCUCCGAUUGCUUUCUAAGAAGGACGCCACUACCAAACGCCGCGCGCUCGAGGAGUUGCAGUCGGCAUGGGUGUCCAAGGCACAGCGGGGAGGAGAGCAUGAGUAUCUGGUGUACACGCUCCAGGAUACCGUCCCAGUCUGGCUGCACCACCUCCCUACGCUCUUCUUGCACCCUUCAAGACGGCUCCGCUUGCUUGCUAUCGGGCUGCACACAUCCAUCCUGCAGAUUGCAGACCUGCGCAAAGAGACGUUCUUCCAGAUACGCGAAGUUGCAACCUCCGAUCACGCAGAAUCCAUCCUUGGAAGCUGGUGUCUCGCGGCGCAUGACGUCGAUCGACAGGUUUCUUCUCAUGCUCGCGAGUCCUGGAGCAGGUAUGUGACCACCUCGGGGCCAUCUGAAGACAAACUUGUGCUCGAUGAGGCACUCUUCCCCCGUGUCUGGGACUUCGUCCAGAGGACUCUGCUUGACCCCGGAGGAGUAUACCUCUAUCUCAAUCCGCCAGCGACAGCAGCACCGACACCGACGCCGUCUAGGAGGGGCUCUGGGCGUGGUACGCCUGUCAGGCGGGACGACGAAGCACUCCUACGACCAAAAUCGGAGGAGGACGAAGAGGAUGAACUGGACAGGAAAGCACGGCUUCGAGUAGGCGCGUUCGGCGCGACCAAAUGGGUCUUGAGUGGGGAGAAGGAGAAGGCGAGCGAAGGGACCCCUGCAAUCGAAGACUUCCUGGCCCCACUUGCGAACCCUGCGCUGUGGUCUUCGCUAUACCACGGCACCAUGCCGCCGUUCGCCGAUACAGACAGCUAUGGUUUCGGACAACCCGUUGUGAGAAGAUCGGCGUGGUCCUUGCUUCAAACCUUGUUGCAGAGAUGCAAGGGUCACCUCGAUCCCCUCCUCAACGUACUCAGCUCCGCAGUAUUACGGUCGGCUUGGGUAGAACCCGACACCAUUGUCAGGGCUGCGAUGUGGCAACCAUUGCUGAUGUUCUUGAAGGAUUACCCAAACGCCUGGGUUCUUGAGGCAGAGGCUGAAAAGGACGAAGACGACGAAGGUUCGGCUUCCGGCGAGAGUGACGAUGAAGAUGCGCCGAAAGCACCACCACCGCCUAAACCCGUUGCAAACGGCCCAGCAGGUCCCUCUCGCGCGUACACUGAAUUCUUGCAGUUCCUCGCGACGGGCUGUUCAGGCUCUCCCGCGCAGGGCUAUCCAACUGUUCUCGUGAUAUUGUCCACCAUCCCUCCAUCGAUCCUAACAUCCUCCCCACAUCCACUCGAGGACCUCUUCACGUCGUUCUGGGCGGCAGUCGACGCGCGUGUGCUCAAUUCGCUUGACCGUGUGGCUGCGUCUGCAGCUUUCCUCUCUUCCGUCUCAGAGUCGCUCACUUUCUUCGUUCGACGAUUACUGAAUGCUCCGACGGAGGUAGUUGCAUCUCUUCUCCGUGGCGAUGACCAAGCGCAGGCGGCGGACGUGGAUUCUCUGCUGAAGGCGUUCCUGAGGGACCAGAUCGUACGCACUUGGGAAGAGGUUUCCUCGGGACGACUGAAGGUUCGAGGGAAGGAUGCAGGGGACUGUCUGGCCGGGACAUUCUCGUCGUUACACAAGAUCUCCCCAGACCUUUUCACAGAAACCUGGGACGUGCUUGCAGGAGCGGUGCAAAAGUCCAUAGCGGCUGACGGAGAUGCCAUCUCGGCGCUCGUGCCUGAAGUGCUUCAGCAGCUCUCUCAGCAGCUAGAGCCAGGAACACCACCAGGGGACUCAGCCCGUGCACUCGUUGUGCAGGUCGUCAGGUCUGCGCUAGACCAAUGCUCCGCGCUACUGGAGACAGAGGACGGGAAGCGCGAACGGGUGGUAUCCCUGGUCGGCAUCCUCGACGCGUUUGGUGAACAUGUCUUCACAGAUCCUGAAGUUGCGAAGCGAGUGGACGAUCUUGUGCACCACCAGAUGCACCGCUUGCUGACAACGAUCCCGUCACUCCUCCUACUCUACCUCAAGUACCGGCAGGACGAAGCUGUGUGCUCUGCUGUUUGGCAUCAAGUACUCGAGACCGUAGCGCGGUACCCGGAAGACGUCGAAUCGACGCUACCUGUGCUACUCGACGCUGCCGAGCACAACUUGCUGCCGACGUACCUGCAUUCAGAAGGGGAGUUGGACGAGGCUGCUGGAAGCCUUCUGACAGAUUUGCUCUCCGGCUCAACGAGCGCUGCGCAUACUUCUUUGGCCCGCCGGCUGCUUGGCUCAUCGAAUCUCUUCAUCUCGCAGGACUGCCGGGAGAACCUGCUCCGCAGUCUCGCGGACUCGUUCAUUCUUCACUUCGACACUGUCCUCCACGACGAGCAUGCGUCCUUGCACGCAUUGGCCGCGCCGCUUGAGCUGGUUCGUAGUUUGAGCGAGCGGCCAGAAGGUGUGGCCUCGUUAGAGGCAGUGUCAUCAUCCCUCCUCCCGUACCUCUUCCUAUACGCCUUUCUGCUCCCGCAGUUUGCUUCUGUGCAGCCCGUGCAGCAGGGCGUCGCUGCAGCUCUUUGGAAAACGGGGAUCGACGCUGCCUCGGCGGAAGUCAAGACUGGUGCGAUCGCGGUCAUAAAGCAGCUCCUUCGCGAGCUGCUUGUAGACUGCACGGCUAAACCCACUCCCCAGCAAAUUCUGCAAACACUCUGCGAGUCCUCGGUUUACUCCGAGAUAAACGUCAUCACGGAUAUCUUCCCGUCACAGGAGGAGCUUUUAGUGAUGCUGGAUGACCUUCCCUCAACCCCACUCGAUCCGAGCUUGGGCGCCGUCGACCCGCUCGUGCCACCUUCGACUCUGUACCGUUCCGCCGGCCCCUCCCCGUCGACGUACGACUCUGCGGGGUUCAACAAGUAUGCACGCGUAGUGAACGGCCUUCUUACCCACCUUGUAGACGACCGUCAAAUGUCCAAGGAGAAUGUCUGGGCGCUUCGCCAUCUGUUCGCCCUCGCCAUCUAUGCCGAAGAGCUAAAGCACCUCCCGUCUUCAGAAAGUCCUGUCUUCGCGCGCUCGGUCUCGCGAGCCGUGCUCCAGGGAAUUCUCGAUAGGGUCCAGCAAGUCGCGACAUACCUGCUCUCGUCCACUGCGGAGGAGAAUUGGCACACUCACGUCACCAACGUGUUACUUCUGCACGCCUCUUCAAGCUUGCCCGACGGAGCCACCCAGCUCGUAAUCGACCUUGUGACCCGCGCGAGACGGCAGGACAAUGUGCGCACGUCGCGUAUCCUGCACAUGAUCCUCCAGCACGCCUUCCGCAACGCGACGAAGGCGGACGCCGAGCUAUGGAUGGGCGCCGUUCGGCAGACGGAGAAGCUAGCCCCCCACACGGCCCUGGCCAUCGUCUUCUCCGUGACACGAUAUGCACCGGAGCCGCCGCGCCUCGACCGGUAUCGCAACGAGCGCGCAGCGGGUGCGCUAGGCAUCCCCGCAUCCAAGGCGAACAGCGAGGGCCUCUGGCUCCUGCGGAACCUCGCCGCGGCGGCGCCUGACCCCGAGUCGGACGUGAUCUUCCUGCCGCAGCUGCGCGCAGUGAACCUCAUCAAGGCGUGUCAGCAGUGGAUCACGUCCGACGAGGACCUCGACGAGGAGGUGCAGAGCGAGAUGACACUCCUCUUCGCGCACCUGGCGCCGAUUUUGCAGGGCGUGCCUGGGGCUCACUGGGAUUUGAUCUUCGAUGUGGUGGAGAACAACCUCGAGGAUGCUUCAUUGGAUGACCCGUCUACGCUGGUCACACUCAGCAGAACGCUCCGGCUCUUCAUCAUCAUCGAGGACUUGGUGUCUACCAACAAGGCGCUGAGGGCCAUUUGGGAAGAGAGACGGGCGGCGAACCUCACCUUGAUCAGAGACUUGGUGUCAACGAAGCUCGAGAUUGAGGCGGUGUCUACCCCGCUCUCCGUAUGCAGAGAGCUCGCUCUGCAAAUCGUGCAGGACUUGCCGUCAUCACUCCUUACUCGCGAAACGUUGCCGAAGAUGUGCCAUCUGGUAACAGAUGGCUCGAGCAGCGUCCAGCGCAUGGCAUACCAGCUGCUGCACGAGGCGGCGAAGAAGUACACAGAGACGCUGGUCAUUGAAGCUGCAGUUGAUACAGAAGGCGCGAUGACAGCAGAACUCCCAAUGGAGCUUCUAGACAUUCUACAGCGCAGUCUCAACCUCGAAGAUGCAGAGGAUCACAAUGAGGAAUGGUCCGGCUAUCUGCUUGCCUGGAUGGUCGCUCUCGAUCUGUUCACAGACGCGUCUCUCAAAGUCAAGUCGGGUUACAUAGAUCAAAUUCGUGAUCUGGAUCUGGUCGCUGCGAAACUUCUACCAACAUUGUUCAGCCUCUUGGAUCUAUACGGUGGUAUUGCGAAGGCUUUCAAGUUAGACAUCUGGGAUAUCGACGAGUUUUAUUUAGACUACUACACUUCCGAUUCGACCAUCAGCCUCCGCCUCCUCGCUGCACACGUCUACUACCGCACCCUCCUCCUUCUACCCUCUCUGAUCCGCACCUGGCUCACCGAUUGUCGCGACCGCCAGCUCUCCACCGCAGUCGCUUCUUACACGUCAAAGCACUUCUCACCAGCCAUCAUCCGGACGGAACUCGCACGCGUCAAGGAUCCCAACGUAGCGACAGAGCUCUCAGGGGAGAACGUCACAAUCAAGGUCGCGAGCGCCGUCAACGAGGUCACCGCCGGCUUCUCGGUCGACGAGCAGCAGCUCGAGCUCACCGUAAAGCUCCCCGUCGACUGGCCGCUGCACACGAUCGAGGUCAAGGACGCGAAGCACGUCGGCGUCACGGACGACCGCUGGCGCGCGUGGGAGCUCGGCGUCCAGCAGAUUUUGACUUUCAGGAGCGGAAGCAUCGUGGAUGGUCUGAGCUUCUUCCUCAAGAAUGUCACGUCGCACUUCGAGGGCGUCGCAGAGUGCGCGAUCUGCUACUCUGUCGUGAACGCCACGGACGGGAGUCUACCGCGUAAACCGUGCAAGACGUGCAAGAACCGGUUCCACGCUGCGUGCUUGUAUAAGUGGUUCAACACGAGCCAUUCGUCGAGCUGUCCGCUAUGCCGCUCGGAAAUUAUGACUGGAAGGUGA